AUGGUGCAAGGCGUCGCGGCCUCGUCCUCCACAUCGACGCCUCGCCCCCGCAUCGCCCCCUCGUCCACACAACGCAAGCUAGCCGCGUCGCUUUCUCGUCAUCGUGGCGUCGUGUCAUCGGCGCCACAUCGCCACUUCCCCGCCACUGCCUUCCCUCUCUUAUCCCUUCCCCUGCUCUCUCAUCCCCUCCUCCCCUCUCUCAUCCCUCCAUCUCCUCUCUCGUCUCGUCCUCCUCUCUCUCAUCCCUCCCUCUACUCUCAUCCCCUCCUCCCCUCUCUCAUCCCGUCCUCCCCUCUCUCAUCCCGUCCUCCCCUCUCUCAUCCCGUCCUCCCCUCUCUCAUCCCGUCCUCCCCUCUCUCAUCCCGUCCUCCCCUCUCUCAUCCCGUCCUCCUCUCUCCCCUCCCGUCCUCCCCUCUCUCCUCCCGUCCUCCCCUCUCUCAUCCCGUCCUCCCCUCUCUCAUCCCGUCCUCCCCUCUCUCAUCCCGUCCUCCCCUCUCUCCUCCCGUCCUCCCCUCUCUCCUCCCGUCCUCCCGUCCUCCCCAGACUUGCGCGAGCAUCCAGCAGCGGGGGCGCGCGGGGGGAGGGCUUAGGGUAAGUGGGGCGGAAGGGGAGGAAGAGCCCAUCGUCCCUUUAGCUGAUCCCCCCUCUCUCAACUCGUCCUCCCCUCUCUCCACCCUUCCACACCUCACUCAUCCCGUCCUCUCCUCUCUCGUCCCGUCCUCCUCUCUCACAUUCUUUCCUGUCCCCUCUCACGGUCCCUUUCUCCCCUCUCUCAUCCCUUCCUCUCCUCUCUCCUCCCUUUCUUCCCUCUCUCAUCCCAUGAGAGAACUCUCUCAACCCGUCCCCCCUCUCUCGUCUCGUCUCGUGAGGCACCUCUGCGAACGGAGGGGAAGCUUGGGAAAACGAGUGCACAGCACAGCUGGGGGGGGAGGGAGUGUAUGA